AUGGCCUCUCAGGAUGUGCCAACGGGCCCAACUCUACUACUUCUGGAGACACCACACCAAAAACAGCUCACGGAACUGUACUUUCGCAAUUUCCAUGGAUACUGGCCCAUUUUACAUCAACAGACAUUUCGAAACACGACACAGCCGCCAAAGGUUAUGCAGGCCGUCUUGACUGUAGGCCUGUGGACAGUGGAUGAGCCCGACACAAGAUCCCAGGCCGGGAUAUUUCACGACGCAAUACUUCGAUGCCUUGACAAGGAUCUUUUCAACGUCAAAGACGGCUACGGUUUACCUAGACCCCCUCGACAAGAAUACUUGCCGGAUCUUCAAGCCUUCGCAAUCUCGCUCGGUCUAGCAGUAUAUAGAGGGAUACAUACGUUUCCAUCAUCUAUUAUUAAUGGAAAGCAUCUUGGUAAGCUGUUUCAUGGAACUGGCGUUUUCGACCAGGAAAGAAUUGAUGCCGAGAACUUGAACCCGGUAACUCGAGAACAAUAUCAACGGUGCACACUUAGGCUUCCUCUGGCUCUAUUCAAGAUCCAAGUGCACUUGAACUCACUCUUGAUAAACAAUUUUCCUCAAUUUAAGCCUUUCGAAUACCUCGCUCCGCGGAUGCUCAAUGUCCGAGUCCCGUCCCCAGAAAGAUUAUGGGAAGGAGAUAUAAGUGACUUGUUUGGAGAAAAUGAGUGCAACGUCUUAAUUAGUAGCAUGUUCUUAGAUAGUGCGAGACCGAAUGACUAUAAAAACUUGUCGUUAGUGAUUGCAUGGGACUUUACACUAGGAAUGGUCCUUGGUUGUUUCUUAACAAGGCAUCCUGGGGAAACCUAUGUUGCUUUAAUACAAAGGAUAACGCCAUUCUUAGACUUUCACAUAACUAAAUAA